GUUUUAAUCAGAUCUCUCAGCUGUGAUCAAAGGAACCGGAAUUUUGAAACAGUUUUUGGAUUUUACAAACUCUUUAAGAGGAGAACUUGAAAGGAGCCAAAGAUGAAGAAAUACGAGGACCAAGUUGCGGUAGUGACCGGUGCUACAGCUGGUAUAGGACGUGCGGUGGCCCUCAGGCUAGCCGAAGAGGGUAUGAACGUCUGCGUUACAGGAAGAAGGGAGGACAGGUUGAAGGAACUGCAAGAAUGCAAGGAAGCGCAUGGUAGGGUGUUCCCAUUCGUCUGCGAUAUGACCAAGGAACAAGAGGUGAUCGAUUUUUUUAAGAAGGUAAAGGAGAAGUUCAACGGACUUCACGUCCUGAUAAACAAUGCGGGUACGGCCCUUUACACCAAAGUCUUAGAUUGUGAGAUGGAUAAAUGGAGGAAUAUGUUCGAGCUGAACGUGUUCGGAGUCGGAAUAGCGUCGAGGGAAGCCUUGAAAAUGAUGACAGGGGCAUUUAUCGAUAACGGAUACAUCAUCAAUAUCAGCAGCAUCUCUGCUCAUGCGGUACCAAUCAUGGUGGGCAAGCACGUCUACAACGCUUCCAAACACGCACUUCGCGUCAUCACAGAAGGCCUCAGAGCCGAAUUAGCAGAACGCCACUCAAACAUCAGGUUAUCGAUGAUAUCUCCCGGCACUGUGUCCACUGAGAUCGCAGCUGUUGGCGGGUGGCUCUCAGUAUGCCAAAACGAUGUCCCUGUACCAACACUGAAAUCGGAAGAUAUUGCAGAUACUGUCGUAUAUCUGUUGAAACUGCCUAAAGGAGUCCAAGUAUCAGAUAUGAUUGUUCGGCCAGCUGGUGAGACUGUUUUAGCAUGAAGCGGUGUACAAUUAUACUUCUUAUUCAAGAUGAAAUAUUGGUCAAGGAAAUUAAUUUAAAAAAAAAAUUAAUUGUAAUAUAUUUGCAAUAGUUAAUUAUAAUAAAAUUAUCCACAUACUAAAAUGAUGUAUGUUCAUAUGCAUUAUAACUAAAUAAUAAUUAAAAUUAUUAUAUCCAAUUUAUUGUCAAAAUAAUGGUGUUUUUACAAUGAGUAAAAAAUAUUAAUGUAAAUGCAUGAAUAAUUCUAUUCAUAUAAUAAAUGUUAUACUAUAUGUUAUAGUAUAUUAUCUGCCAUAUUUAUUUUUUUGUUAGAGUUAUUGUUAAUAAAUUUAAAAC